AUGUCGGACAGAUUUCAAAUCUCGGAAGUUGAGGAGAGUGAUUUGGAGGAGAUUGCUUUGAUGAUCCAAACAUCCUCCACCUCCUCCCUCUCCCCCCGCAUCGUCCUAGAAUUCCGCAACGUCCCCCGCUCCACGUUCCUCGCUUACAACCUCGCUGGCCUCCGUUCCGAAUUCAACGGCUGUGCCUCCUCCAACGGGUUAGCCGAGAUGUAUAAAAUCGUCGAUUCUCAAAUCGACAAGAUUGUGGGGUUUGCGGUUUGGGGAUGGGAUGAGAGUACGGUGGAUAGGCUGUUUAGUGAGAAAGCGAAGGUGCCGUUGCCAGAGGGUACGAAUACGGUUUUGAGGCAUAGAUUUAUAAACGAACUUUCUGAAAUGGAGAAGAGUAUUAGACCGAAAGGUCGAUAUUUUGAACUCCUCGAGCUCAUAACCGCCCCAACCCACCGCCGUCUCGGUCUUGGACGCCAACUAAUCAACAUCGGUCUGUCCCGUGCAGACGCCGAAAGCGUACCUUGUUACUUAAGCGGUAGUCCUAUGGGCGUGCCCGUGUAUGCUAAGUGUGGGUUUAGGGAGGUGGGUAGGAUUAGUAUUGGGUUAGAUGAGUAUUUAGAGGAAGAGGGGGAUGAAGAGUUUAAGGGGGUUGUGCAUGUACAUGUUGGUAUGGUGAGGGAACCUGCGAAGAUGGGAGAUGUGUAG